AUGUCUUCUGAAGGCUUUCUGAAGGAAAUGCAAACCAUUGGUGAGAAGUUUCUUGUUAAGCUCCAGAAACUGCCCAAGGCUGAACCAGUGGAGAUUGUGUCCUUUUGUGUGGUUCUUCUGUUUAUUGUUACUGUUCUGGUGCUCAUGAUCAUUGCCUGCAGUUGCUGCUGCUAUAGCUGCUGUAGCUGUGACGGACGUCCUGACCACAGACGUAGGAAGAUCCAAGUCCGCCCAAUUGCGCAUUCAUGA